GGAAAUAAAAGUUAAGGUUACUUCCUUUCUUUCGUGGAAAUAUGUACGAGAAAUUCUGCGCUGUACGGAAAUCGAGGAGGCAACACCACCUCGCACGAAAGGGGAGAACAACUUUCUUUCUUGCAGUGGCCGCGGACAGGACGGAAGGACAAUGUCCCCACGGUCAUUCGAUGUCCAUAUCAUCUUAUAUAAACCCGGCACUUCCCACCUUAUCCUAGAAAUUUUAAUGUCCCCACACCUUCCGCGGCCACUGCUUGCUUUCUCCCUCACACUUUCUAAGCCAUGAAAAUCCAUCAAUUGCGACCAUGUUGCUGUGAGUGCGGUGUUUUUUGGCCGACUGACUUUUUGAGUGUGUGUUGACAACAGCGUGUGUUUUGUAGUGAACUCGUCAGCUGCUGCAGCUUCUGGACUGGAAAAUUCGGUGGAAAUUGUACCAGAAAUAUUUGUAAUUGGCGAAAUAAAUUGGUGGAAAAUUUAAUAGAAAGGAAGGAAUUGUCAGUUUCGGGAGGGUAGUUAAACUUUGUGAAAAAUGUCAUCGGAUGGGUUGAGAAAUCGAAAGAGUGGGAUGCUAGCAAUGGGUGGUGAAGCUGAACAAGACGUUGCUCCCCCUCCGUCUGGAGAUCCUGGAAGUGUCGGUGACAAUAAGAAGCUUCCUGAUUUGAUUGAAAAGUUGCAAGUGGACGUUGAUGACGUGAUCUUAUCGGAGGCUGCGGUGGCCGAGAUGGAAAUGAAGAUGGCAACUUGUGGGGAAUCUGGCCCUCCGGUGGAAGAACAGGGGGCGACGACGACGUUUCCGCCUCGUCAUCAAUGUUUCUACGCUCGUGGAUCUGGACGGGAACGGGACGAGUAUACAUUAACGCAGUUCCAAGCUCAUCACGACGACGAGAUUCCAUGGAAGGGUGGACUCUUGGCUAUCUUUUUGUUCCUGGUUGGAGUUGGACUGUUCAUUGUUUCCGGUGUGCGACUCGUGUACAAAGAACCGUUCUUGGAUAGAAUUGCUCCUUUGUGGUUCUUGGGGUUGAUUGGCUUCAUUCCAGGGGCUUAUCAUACCUUUUACUUCACUGGGGGAUUGUUGCGGUAUUACUCGUUCACGGAUAUGCCGCAGUUCAACUUUAACUAAGGGUCGAACCAAAAAUCUACAAUCACUACAUCAAUCGAAACUAUUGUACAUACUCAAAGAUGAUCCUCUUGUCCAAGUCUACCUGUAUAUAUUUACAUGUAAUCUAGACUGAACCACUCAUUGUUAAGAUAACUCAAUCGUAUGUUCAGCCCGAAUUGAAUCUUCACUUGAAGUACUCUACUCCACUAAUUGUAAAUUUUUAAUCUACCGUACCGUCAUCUGGUCACGAUAUCCUUGCUUUUAAAUGAUUCUAUACAUGUAAAAUAUGCGUACCAAACCUGCAACUAUUUACAAAUCGAGCAAAUCUACAUAUAUAGCAGACCAGCUUUUGUUUCCAUUUUGUACGAAUCUAGUCAUGUAUGCCAUUCAAAUGUAUUGUUACUACUAUGUAGCUAAUGAAAUCGUACGAUACCAUUUUAAAAAUGAACUACACAAACUAUUGUACACAUAUUUUGAAGAAUGAUAAUAAUACUAAUGGGUGAACGAUCUAAUACUUCUGUGAUAAACUUUGUUAUCAAUUGAACAAAUUAUUACCACAAUUUAUUUAUUAUUACUGUAAAGACUGUUAUUUAUUUAUUAUGAAUUAUAAGUGUCAUUUCCUGUAAUCUUUUUAGAAACCAGUUGACUUGAAUAUCGGUCAAGAAAUGAUCUUACUCACGUUACAACUAAUUUCAAUCCAUUCCUGGAUUGAAUUCCUCUCUAUAUGUACUUUAGGAAGACAAUAAUAAAUGUAAUUGCAGCAAACAAAACUAAAA